ACCGCAUUUGCUCAGGUUUUUAAACGGCACCAUGAAUCCAGUAAAUAAACAGUAUGGACUGUUAAUGCCAAAGAAGAAACAGUCAACUUUUAAAGUGUCCAAUGUAUUUGGAGAUGAUAGCGAUGAGGAGACACCAAAACAAGAAAUCAAUUCAAGUCUUCAGAGGUCAUCAUUGCAGGCCAAAAUAAAGAGACAAACUCAGCUUGAAAUAGACAAGGCUCUGGAGGCAGACCCUACUGUCUAUGAAUAUGACAGUAUUUAUGAUGAUCUGCAGGCCACAAAAGAAGAGAAGGACUUAGCUGUCAAACAGAAAAAGGAUAGAAAGCCGAAAUAUAUAGCUGGCUUGCUGAAGGCAGCAGAAACAAGGAAGAGAGAGGAUGAGAGACGAGCAGAGAGAAAGGUGCAGAAGGAGAGAGAGAAUGAAGGAGGGGAAUUUGAUGACAAAGAGGUGUUUGUGACCGGAGCUUAUCGCAAAAAGAUGCAAGAAAUGCAGGAGCUAGAGGAGAAAGAAAGGAGAGAAGCAGCCAUGGAGGAGUUAUUAGAUGUCAAGAAACAGAAAGACAUGAGUGGAUUUUAUCGUUAUAUGUUGAAUCAACAAAGUGGUGAAGCCACAGCAGAGAAGAAAGAGAAAGAGGAUGUCUCAGUGAAAGAAGAACCAGACAGUCCCAAACAAUCCAGUUCCAGUGGCCCAGAGGAGAAAACUAGAUCAGGAUCAGACAUUUCACAAAGAGCCUAUAGAGAAAGAGGAUCCUCAAAAGAGAGAAACAGUAGGAGAUCUUCAUCACGUGACAGAGGAAGGAGAUCUUCAUCACGUGACAGAGGAAGGAGGAGCAGGGACUCAUCUGAUGAUUCGAGGGAAAGACAUGAUAGAAUGAGAGAGAAAUCUGAAUCAAAAGAUAGGCAUAGAAAACGAAAACAUUCUCCUGAUUCACCUAGACAUAGUAGGAAGAAUACUUCAGACAGAGACAAAAGGAGAGAAAGUUCUCGUGAAAAAGAACUCAGAAGGGACAAACAGAGACAUAGAAGGGGCAGUGAUUCAGGAAGCGAGGAUCCCGAUAGAGACAGUUUGAACAAAUAUAGACCAAACGAAAAGGAAAGGCUCAAUAAAGAUAAAUACUCAAGAAAGCAGGGUGAAUAUGUAGAGAGAGAAAAGUCUCCAGAAAGGGAAACAAAAACAGAGAAAAGGUCAGAGAAUAAACCAGAAAGCAAAGACAUUAAAAAGUCUGGAGUGGUGUCAAAGAAAACUACAGACUCUGCAGCAAGUGAAGCAAGAAAGAGAUAUUUAGAGAGGAAGUUAGCAAAAGAAAAAGCGAAGCUAAGUCAGCAAGAAUGACAAAAACACAUGUACAAUGUAUAAAGUAGGAAAAAUUAGCAUUGAUCUGCUGGUAAUCUAGAAAAUGAAGUUUACAAAUGUA